UGGAGUUGUCGGGCGUGUUGUGAGGAGGCAGAGGCGAAAAGUAUCGCUGCUAUUUGUGGGCACCCGGUACUUUAUGAUAACUCUUGCAACCAUGACAGAGACCGCGUGGAAAGAGAGAGAGACGAAUACAAUGUCAGAGCUUAAUUAGAGUGUUUUGGUUGGAUAGUGGAUGGCCUAGUGUGGCCUCGAGAUAGCCUGGUUACGGGAUAACGAAAACGUAUUUAUUUAUUUAUUCUUACUUCAACUGUACAUUUCAAAACUGCAUAUUUCAUACGCCUUUUAUUUUGAAAUGCAACAUCAGAUCCUUACGAAAGUACUGUGGUUGGAUGACUGCUGUGGCCUAGAACUGUUCCCUGAUCUGGUUCUGGGAUACAGUAACGAAAUUUCAUGUUUCUAUCUCAACUUCAGAACGUUUCUUGGUGAUAUCCUGAGAGAGUUUUUAUUCUCCCUGGGUGAACUCAUCGUUGCCUGACCGCUGAGAGGUUAAUUUAUCACAAUAUUUUAAAACCAAACCACUGAUGUGCAUGCACUAGUUGGAUAGCUGUUAUUUUGAAUAGAGCACCGCAGAGAGUGAGAAGGAAAGGAAGGUAGAGGAGUGUCAAUCGCAAUGUUUGAGACAGCGUGCCUCUAUUCCAGCCCAGUCACCUUCAGUGGAUGAAAUGUUCCUGAAAAGCCUGGCUCCUUCCAUGCAACGAUUGCCAUCCCAGGAGAACGAAUAUGUCAAAUUUCAAAUUAAUUUGAAGCGCUGUAAUGCAAUACUUAAGUAAAAUAAAUGCAAUACUUGGAAUAAAUACCUGGGUGACCAUAUUUGCCACGAAGCAGUAAGGCUUUGUUUGUAUCCAUUUUUCUCUGGUUGUUUUGUUGAAAAUCACAGUAAAUCCACUCAACCAACGUUCUGGUUGGUCAAGUAUAUUUCAGGAUUCGUCGACAGUGUUCUAACAAGUGUAUGUUUGGGUUAUCUGUUAAAUGCAAUCAAAAGUUUUACACAUGCCAAAAGUGAAGUUUUUUUUUCCUCACGGUAUAAUGGAAUAAAUAAAAUGUGUCUGAAACACAAUUUGUCAUGGACACAAAUUAGAUCCAGAUGCAUGUAACAUCAUCAAUUCAGGUUGAACUCUGAUUUGAUGUGGAGUGAAGUUGCUCUCCUGGAGUGGAACCAGAGUGAACUCUGAAUUGAUGAUGUUACAUGCACAAAUUGGUCAUUCGCCCUGUGAAGACACCUAAAAUAGGGAUGGUCUAAAACCGCGGUCAAUCGUCCUUCGCUAACAAAGUUUGCUUGGUGCUAGAACAGCAGGGAAAGGAAAGUACGCGCGACAAAAUGAGGGCAGGCUGCCACCAUUGACUGCUCACUGUUGUCAUUUGUAUGCCGGGCUUACACGGGUCCUCCCUCAUGGUGUGUCAGGAAUGUUCACGUAUGCAUGUUUUGUCGUGAUAACACGGGUGUGACCGCAACGCCGUGACGUGAGUGGAUGUGGAGUGAAGCUGCUCUCCUGGAAUGGAACCAUAAGGGAUAGUGGAAACGAACAACAUGACGGAUGCAGACGUGUCAUCGCAGAGCGGUGGCUAUGACGUGGAGCAGUUUGUGGACACCCCGGACUAUGAUCUCAUCUGCACUAUAUGCCAGGGGGUCUUGCGGUGCCCAGUUCGAGCGGCGUGCCACCACGUCUUCUGCAAAAAGUGCAUUUUACAGUGGCUCAAGAGACAAGAGACCUGCCCCUGCUGCCGAAAGCCGAUUAACGCAUGCAUGAUCUUUGUCAUGUUCAAACUCAGCAAGUCCAUAGGACGCAUGAAGAUAAAGUGUAAGAACGAGAUCCGUGGCUGUGCAGCGACAUUCGCCCUCUCGGAGCAGUACUGUCACAGCCUGAGCUGCUUGUUCGAGUUGGUCCCUUGCCCGUACCCCGGGUGCCGGGCGCAGCUCCUCCGCCGCGACCUGGAGGCCCACGCGCGCCACUGUGAGCAUUGGCUCCAGCCGUGCCACAUGGGCUGCGGCACCGUGCUCUCCCACCGGACGCGGGCUCAGCACAACUGCUACAUGCAGCUCAAACUUCAGUACCAGGCCAAGUGCAGGAACCACGGGACCAUCGCCGCCGCCCUGCAAAAGAAGAUGAGAAAGAUGCAGAACACCAUGGCACACAUGAAGAGGCAAAUUGGGCUGAUAUGCGAAAGUCUACAGGCGAUGGAUGAGCUGCACAAGGCGGAGGAGGACUUGGGAGAGGGCAGCUCCAGAUCCACAGCAGCCAGAUUCAGCAGUGAAGGCUGACAGUCGAGGGAAGAAUUUGUUUAUUUCAUUGAUCUGUGUGGGAAUAUGCAGGUAGGUUUAUCAUCACAUUAUAUUGAGUGAAUUUGUUACAUAUUGUAAAUAAAACAAGGAUCACUAAAUGUACAA